GUGAAACUUUUGACAACUUGUAGUAUUAAGAUCCAACUUCAAACCAACGGCAAUUGCAUUUUCAGCUAAAAGCAAUGGAGUCAUCACUUCCCCAAGUUGCUGCACUUGAUCGUUCAACUCUACUCAAAGCUUUCGACGAGACUAAAACCGGCGUGAAAGGCCUUAUCGACGCCGGAAUCACAGAGAUUCCUUCGAUAUUUCGUGCACCUCCGGCUACUUUAACAAGUCCAAAACCACCUUCCUCCUCUGAUUUCUCCAUCCCCACAAUCGAUCUCAAAGGAGGUGGCACGGACUCGAUCACGCGGCGGAGCUUGGUGGAGAAGAUCGGAGACGCGGCAGAGAAAUGGGGAUUUUUCCAGGUGAUCAACCACGGGAUCCCGAUGGAUGUGUUGGAGAAGAUGAUAGAUGGGAUUCGUGAGUUUCACGAGCAAGACACUGAAGUGAAGAAAGGGUUUUACUCUCGAGAUCCAGCUAGUAAGAUGGUAUACAGCAGCAACUUCGAUCUGUUUAGCUCACCGGCGGCGAAUUGGAGAGAUACACUUGGUUGUUAUACAGCACCAGAUCCCCCGAGACCGGAGGACUUACCCGCCACUUGUGGGGAGAUGAUGAUUGAGUACUCAAAGGAAGUGAUGAAAUUGGGUAAAUUACUCUUCGAGCUUCUCUCGGAAGCUCUAGGGUUAAACACUAAUCACCUCAAGGACAUGGAUUGCACUAACUCCUUGCUGUUGCUCGGCCAUUAUUACCCGCCAUGUCCCCAACCCGACCUUACUCUAGGCUUAACGAAACACUCCGACAACUCUUUUCUCACUAUUCUUCUUCAAGACCAUAUCGGAGGGCUUCAAGUUCUUCAUGACCAAUAUUGGGUUGAUGUUCCUCCUGUCCCUGGAGCUCUUGUUGUUAACGUUGGAGAUCUUCUUCAGGCUAACUAACUAACCCUUUUGGUUUUUUAUCAGUGGUUAAUCAAUGGACUAAUAUAAAUCUGACUUUUAUUACCUCAUUGGGUGCAGCUUAUAACAAACGACAAGUUCAUAAGCGUGGAGCAUAGGGUUUUGGCCAAUGUAGCUGGACCGAGAAUUUCAGUGGCAUGUUUCUUCAGCUCGUAUUUGAUGGCGAAUCCUCGAGUUUAUGGACCCAUCAAAGAGAUUUUGUCUGAAGAAAACCCUCCUAAUUAUAGAGACACUACUAUUACAGAGUAUGCAAAGUUCUACAGAUCCAAAGGAUUCGAUGGUACCUCUGGAUUACUCUAUCUCAAGAUCUGAGAAUGUGAUUUAGCUUGUCUAAUAAGGGUGCUUGGGACUUUGAUUAUAUGUGUAAUGCCUUCUUUUAUGACUGUUAAAGCCAUGCAUGAAACUGUCACAAGGUUUUUUUUUUUUUAAUAAUAUCAACCUAUAUCAAUGGUUUUGAUGUAAAACUAAUAUAUGGUUUAUAUAUACUUAUAUAGUCCGACCAUGUAGAUUUGCAUCAUGUCAUGAGGAUUUGGAGCACAGUUUUAGUAUAUAGCUUGAUGAAUUAAUCUGAUUGUAUGGCUCCUAACACGGAUUUUGCAAAUUCAAGAGUUUAAAUCUCGUAAUAACGUAA